UAGGAACCUUUCUGCUGCGGUCGCGGGAUCCAGUCGGCGGUGUUUGAAGGAAACACCGACGCGACCACUUUGGAAGCAGCCGUUGUAGCUAAAGCCCCGCGAGGACGAUGAGCACCAAACAGGUGACCUGCAGGUACUUCCUCCACGGUGUGUGCAGGGAGGGAAGCCGCUGUCUGUUCUCUCACGACCCAACCAACAGUAAACCAUCCACCAUCUGCAAGUUCUACCAGAGGGGAGUGUGUGCCUACGGAGAGCGCUGCAGGUAUGACCACAUCAAAUCUUCAUCCAGAGGAGGAGGAGCUCCAGAGGAUCACGCUGGUGUAGGAGGAGCUGGAGGCGGGGCUUCAGUCAGAGGUGGAGUGAAGAAGACGCUUGUCCUCAGAGAAAGAGUCCUGGGUGUAGACAGCAUGUUUGGGGGUCCACCAGACAGUUUGGGGUCGGAGGUCACAGCGGCGGCAGCAGCAGCUCCUCAUUCCUACGUGCACGCUAUCAGGACGGGUCUGGACGCUUCAGCACAGGAACAAGCCCCUCCCCCCGUGGGUGGGGCUUACCAGGACCUCCCCCAGCUGUGUCCCUACGCCGCCGCUGGACACUGCUUUUAUGAGGACAACUGUACGUAUCUCCAUGGCAACCUGUGUGAGGUGUGCGGGCUGCAGGUGCUCCAUCCCCACGACCCGGAGCAGAGGAGAGCGCACGAGAAGAUGUGUAUGCUGGCCUUUGAGGCCGACAUGGAGAAGGCUUUUGCAGCCCAGCUGAGCCAAGACAAGGUGUGUUCUAUCUGUAUGGAGUUGGUGGUGCAGAAGCUGAAUCCGUCAGACCGCAGGUUCGGCAUUCUGUCCUCCUGCUGUCACACCUUCUGUCUGGCCUGCAUCCGACAGUGGCGCUGCACCAGAAACUUCAGCAACAAGAUCGUCAAGUCCUGUCCAGAAUGUCGAGUUGUCUCAGAGUUUGUCAUCCCUUCGGUCUACUGGGUGGAGGACCAGGACGAGAAGGACCACCUCAUAGAUCUCUUCAAGUCUGGAGUCAGUAAGAAGUCCUGUAAGUACUUUGAUCAGGGUCGAGGUUCGUGUCCAUUCGGAGGGAAGUGUUUGUAUCUCCACGCCUUCCCAGACGGCACCCGACCGGAACCUGACCGGCCGCGGAAACAGCUGAGCUCCGAGGGGAACGUCCGGUUCAUGAACAGCGUCCGUCUGUGGGAUUUCAUCGAGGAGCGUGAGACGCGGCCGGCCACGUCCUCCCUGGAUGAUGACAUCACAGAGAUGAGGGAGCUCUUCAUGCAGAUGUCCGGGCCGAGCCACGACGGGCCGGAUACCCCGCCCACUGCAGACCAGUAGAGACCGGACCGUGUCCUCUCUAGGUCCGACCAUCCGGGCGGAUUCUUUACCCAGCGUCCACGUUUGUGGAUCGUUGAAAUAUUAAAUCAUGUGAUCACUCUGCAGCUCUCUGGUGUGUUUCAGUCUGGAAAACUAAAUCCCUCAUGCACACAAGUUUGGUAAUUGGUAUAUGAUAUAUUGUUACCAUUUUAUUUAUUGUGUAAAUAAGUAAAAACUGAGUCAGUGUGAAGUCA